GUGGCGCUAGGCAUCUUCCGUGAAAAUUUUAUUUUUAUUUUUCUGCAGCAAAAAUGAAUAUCAUGCCUUCAUAGUUGUUCCAAGCGGUACUUAAGAAAGUGCUAUGGCAGGCUGUUGUGGAUGCUGCGGGCCUUUACGGCCUCGUUACAAGCGUCUUGUAGACAGCAUCUUCCCAGCAGACCCACAGGAAGGGCUCGUCAAAAGCAACAUGGAGAAGCUUACAUUUUAUGCACUUUCGUCACCUGAAAAGUUGGAUCGUAUUGGAGAAUAUCUUGCCCAGAGACAAAGUAGAGAUGUAUCAAGACGUAAAGUAGGGUUUGUGUUUAUUGCAAUGGAAGCCUUGGACCAGUUGUUACUAGCUUGUCACGCCCAUUCCAUUAAUCUGUUUGUUGAGAGCUUCCUGAAGAUGGUUCAAGACUUGUUAGAAUGUGAGGAGCCAGAGUUGCAAGAGCUGGCCACUGCUUCUUUUGUGAAGUUUGCUAACAUUGAGGAGGACACACCUUCAUACCACAGGAGAUAUGAUUUCUUUGUUUCCAAGUUCAGCUCUAUGGCUCAUAGUGGCAAUGACAAUCAAGAAGCCAGAGCCAGGAUUCGUAAUGCUGGUCUCCAGGGACUACAGGGUGUUGUGAGGAAGACUGUAUCAGAUGACCUCCAGGUUAAUAUCUGGGAACAAACCCACAUGGAUAAGAUAGUUCCCUCUCUCUUGUUCAACAUGCAAGAUACAAGGGGUCGUAGUCAUCCAGAUAUUGAGAGUCCUAGAGAGGAGGACCAUCCCUCCUUUGUUGCAGAGAAUUGCUUUAGGGAUCUUGUUUGCAGAGCAUCCUUUGGUAACAUAAAGGCAGUACUCAGGCCAGUUUUAAUGCACCUGGACAAUCACAGACUGUGGGUUCCUAAUGACUUUGCUGUGAAAUGUUUCAAAGUUGUCAUGUUCUCAGUGCAGGCCCAGUAUGGCUAUGUGGUGGUUCAAAUGUUAAUGAGUCACUUAGAUGAACACAGUAAGAGUCAGCCAAGGAUGAAGGCCAGUAUAGUGGAUGUCCUUGCAGAAACAGUCCUCAUAGCAGCUGGAGGCUCAAUAGGGCCCUCAGUGUUGGAAGUGUUUAAUACUCUGUUGAGGCACAUCCGAGUUUCCGUUGACAAUAAAACAACAGACAAGGAUCGCCUUAGUGAUGAGAAGAAAUUCCAAGAAUCUUGCAUUAACACUAUUGGUGAAUUUGCAAACAACUUGCCUGAUUAUCAGAAGAUAGAGAUUAUGAUGUUUGUCAUGGGGAAAGUAAACACGUCAACGGAUGACAAGCCUAGUGAUAGUAAAGAUGUCAUGCUCCAAACUAUGUUAUUAAAGACUCUGCUAACUGUUGCAACUAAGUAUAAAACUGUCCUUAUGAGUAACGCAUUCACAUUGCCUUUCCUGGAACCCUUGAUGAGGAUGUCCAUUUCAAGCGAUCCAGGAAUACGACUCCUAGUUCAAGAAAUCUUACACACUCUAUUAGACAGACAUAACAAUCUCCCAAAGCUGAAAACUGUCAAGAUAAUGGCAGACAUUUCUCAGCUGAGUCUCACUGUAGAGAAACCUCCCAGACAAGAUGUUAUGUUUAUGAAGAAGAAUGGCAGCCAGUUUUACUGGCACUUGUAUGAGAACAUGCAACAACUAAGCAAUAAACUAGAGAACUUUGCUGCUCUCUAUAUUACACUAGCAUUACUAGGCCUUGAGAUGGGAGCUGAUGAAAUCCUUGUUGAACUAUUCCGACUUUCUCUUGGAAUGCAGGAGAUGGCCUGUAACAGUACAAGUCUGCCAAGCAAACACAGAUGUUGUAUCCAUGCUGUUGUGGCAGCAUAUUACAACCUGAUGAGCCAACUCACAGCAAUACCAGCCCUAUGCCAGCACAUAACACAGGUUAUUGAAAUACGGGAGAAAGAAGCACGCCACCUAUUGCCUGAUGAGGCCUUUACUGAGAACAAACAGUGGACCUCCCCCGAAGGACCAAAACCAGAAUGGUUGUUUGACCAAGACAUCAUUAGCGAAGCACUACAUAGUAGUGGAUUAGACACCACUAAACUUGGAACACCUUUCAUGAACAAACUCUCAAUCCAAUUAGGUUCAGAAUUAGGCCCUCUUCAACGCAGUAAUGGCGUAGAUGGUGUGACAGGCAGUGUUAGUGACAUCAACUCUAUCAGCAUUGACCUCGAGAGUGCCGCCUCCACCCCAGGCAUGACUAGGAGGAGAUUUUCAACAGAAAUAACAGUUGAAACAUUGAAGAAAGUCCUUGCUGACAGUUCACAAGACAGAGAGGAAGAAAAGGCUAAACAGGCAGAGAUCUUACACAUGUUUAGAGAGGGACCAUUUGAAGAGAUUGUGGCGAAGUCUGAGGCCAGAGCCACCAGGUUUCACAGCAAGGUUGAUGAAAUACUGAAGAUGUUAGAUGAACAAGCGGAAUCAGUGGAGAACCAAGACAUCGAUAGAGACAUUACAAAUAUAGAUGAACCUAUUCCAAUAUAUGAAAUCAAAUAUCCAGAUUUAUUCGUUUACUAGAACAUAAUUUAGAUAAUUAUCCUAGGAGAUUUUGGAGAUUUUUAAUUAAAUUAAUAAUUAUGUAAAAUGAACUAUUUAUUUAUAUAAGAUAGUACAGUAAUGUUGCUGUAUAUGUUUGUUAGUGUAUAAGUAACAAAUAGAAUAUAGACUAUUACACAAGAUGUAUGUGUUUAUGCAAUAAAGCUAUGUAGUUUUGUGUCAAUUUUGUGUUUAACAUG